AUGGUUUGUCCCGGCUUUCUGGGCGGAUCCUGCUCCAGAGGUGGCCUGGGAGGCCGGAGCGCUCUCGCCUUCCCGAUAAGGCCGGGCGCGGAUGCGAGGGCAGAGAUGCCUGCAGCCCUCGCCUGCCUGCUGCUGCUCCUGGCAGGCUGCCGGGGAUGCCAGCAGCACACCUGCCACUGCCUGGGCAGGGUCUUCAUCUGCCAGGAGAGCCAGGUGCUCCAGGUGCCCCGGGACAUCCCUGCCAACACCACCGAGCUGAGAUUUGUCCUCACCAAGAUGAGAGUCAUUCCCAAAGGAGCUUUUGCAGGACUUGUUGACCUAGAGAAAAUAGAGAUCUCACAGAACGAUGCCUUGGAGGUCAUAGAAGCAAAUGUGUUUUCCAACCUUCCCAAACUACAUGAAAUAAGGAUUGAGAAAGCCAACAACCUCGUGUACAUGGAUAAAGAUGCCUUCCAACACCUUCCAAGCCUCAGAUAUUUGUUAAUAUCAAACACUGGCCUUCGGUUUUUACCUGCUGUCCACAAGAUUCACUCUUUCCAGAAAGUUUUGCUAGAUAUUCAAGACAAUAUCAAUAUACGUACAAUAGAAAGAAAUUCAUUCAUGGGCCUGAGUUCUGAGAGUGUGAUUCUAUGGCUCAAUAAAAAUGGAAUUCAGGACAUUGAGAAUCAUGCAUUUAAUGGAACAUACCUGGAUGAGCUAAAUCUAAGUGAUAAUCACAACCUAGAAAAAUUACCAAAUGAGGUCUUCCAGGGAGCCAAUGGACCUGUUGUUUUGGAUAUUUCCAGCACGAAAAUCAGUUUCCUGCCAAGUCAUGGAUUAGAACACAUUAAGAAGCUAAGAGCAAGGUCUACAUACAAUUUAAAAAAGCUUCCUGACUUAAGCAAAUUUAGAUCUUUGAUUGAGGCAAACUUCACCUAUCCUAGCCAUUGCUGUGCAUUUACAAACUGGAAAAGACAAAAGACAGAAUUACAUCCCAUAUGUAGCAUAUCUCAGGUAAAGCAGGACUUUGAGGAGAAGCCUGGCAAAAUCCUACGGAGAAGGUCUGCAGCUGAAGAUGAUAUUUCCAACUACGGCAUAGGAUUCGACCCGGCAGAGAAUGAAUUUGACUACGGUUUAUGCAAUGAAGUAGUUAACGUAGCCUGCUCUCCUAAACCUGAUGCUUUCAACCCAUGUGAAGACAUCAUGGGAUACAACAUUCUGAGAGUCCUGAUAUGGUUCAUCAGCAUUUUGGCAAUUACCGGGAACACCGUUGUCCUCAUUAUUUUAAUAAGCAGCCAGUACAAGCUCACCGUCCCUCGCUUCCUCAUGUGCAACCUUGCCUUCGCAGACCUCUGCAUAGGGAUCUACCUGCUGUCCAUCGCCUCCGUGGACAUCCAGACCCGAAGCCGGUACUACAACCACGCCAUCGAGUGGCAGACGGGCGCAGGGUGCAACGCCGCGGGGUUCUUCACGGUGUUCGCCAGCGAGCUGUCGGUGUACACGCUGACGGUGAUCACGCUGGAGCGCUGGCACACCAUCACCUACGCCAUGCAGCUGCACCGCAAGCUGCGCCUGCGCCACGCCGUGCCCGUCAUGGCCUUCGGCUGGGCGUUCGCCUUCACGGCUGCGCUCCUCCCCGUCCUGGGGGUCAGCAGCUACAUGAAGGUCAGCAUCUGCCUGCCCAUGGACAUAGAAACAGCGUUCGCCCAGGCUUACGUCGUGUUUCUCUUGGUGCUGAACGUGCUCGCGUUUGUCGUCAUCUGCGUCUGCUACACCUGCAUCUACUUCACCGUGCGGAACCCCAACGUCGUCUCUUCCAACAGCGACGCCAAGGUCGCCAAGCGCAUGGCCGUGCUGAUCUUCACCGACUUCCUCUGCAUGGCCCCCAUCUCCUUCUUCGCCAUAUCAGCCUCGCUCAAGGUUCCUCUCAUCACCGUGUCCAACUCCAAGAUCCUCCUGGUUCUGUUUUACCCCAUCAACUCCUGCGCUAACCCUUUUCUCUACGCCAUUUUCACGAAGACUUUCCGCAGGGAUUUCUUCAUUCUCUUGAGCAAGUUUGGGUGCUGUGAAAUGCAGGCCCAGAUUUACAGAACAGAGAUCUCCUCAUCUGCUCAUACUUUCCACACAAGAAAUGGCCACUGCCCUCCUGCGUCAAAAAACACUGAGGGCAAUAUUUAUUCUUUGGUUCCCCUGAAUCACUUGAACUGAAACCCUUGCAUAAAUUUGUGUCUGAGGCAGUGUGCUAAUCACUUGCAAGUAUGUGAAUCUGAAUAAUGACUUCAGCAUAAUAUGCAAACUUAUGCUUUAUGAGAAAAAAAAAUUAUUUCUGCUUUCCUAUUUUGUUCAAUGAACAACCAUCAGAGACGAUAUAUCAUUUUCACUGGUUCUUGAAGAACAAAGUGCCAAAUUGUUUGUGUAGAACUGUCUCAAGAAAUGAAUGAGAUCAUAAACUGGUAUCUCCCACCACGCAGGCAGAGAUUCCCUUCAUUCUAGGGACAUGUUAGUUGCUUAUCGAGAAUUAAGUAGUUGUUAAAUACAGUUUCAAAAAAUAUGUAGAAUUAAUUUCUUUUCCUGUGAGUUGUGUUAUAACAAUACAGAUAAUUAGAUUCUUUUCAUUUAUUUUAUCUCCUGGGGUUACAGAAGACAGAAGGCCAAUUUAAGCCCUCCUCCAGCACAGGCUUGCUCAGAAUGAGAAUAUCUCAUGAUGUUUCCAUUUCUGUUGAGCCCAGCAGGGAGGCAGGAGGCAUCUCCAGCUAUUCUGGAUCUUUGCUGUUCCACACUGUGUAGCUGCCUUACUCUGCACAAGGUGGUGUUUGUGUUAGUUUAGAUUGGCAGGCUCACAGAAACCUGUUUUGUCUGAGCUUGCACCAAAGAGUUGGUUUUGUACAGGGCUUGUUUUCAAGGUAAGAAAGAGCAAGAAUGAGGGCAAGAGAAACCCUUCAUAAUAAAAAGGGUGUUUUUUAAAGUUGAAUUCAUUUGUGUGUCUGGGAGCCUUGGAUAUGCCAGCAUGGGCCAAUGGGCUGCUCCAUCAAGACAUGGGAGGCAGGUUUGCCAUUUGACAGCAUUUAUGUAUUAUACUGCCUGGGCUGCACAACAAACAAUGGAUCUAGAUGUGGCUUUUAAAUCCCUGCACAAAAGUCCAUGUGAAAUCCUA